UGGAGUUCCAUGGCGUGAUGAGAUUUUAUUUUCAAGAUAAAGCUGCUGGAAACUUCGCAACAAAAUGUAUUCGGGUCUCUAGCACUGCAACCACUCAAGACGUGAUUGAAACACUAGCAGAGAAGUUCCGCCCUGAUAUGCGCAUGCUAUCCUCUCCAAAGUAUUCACUCUAUGAAGUGCAUGUCAGUGGAGAAGAAAGAAGAUUGGACAUUGAUGAGAAACCUCUAGUUGUGCAGUUGAAUUGGAACAAAGAUGAUCGGGAGGGGAGAUUCGUCCUUAAGAAUGAGAAUGACACAGUCCCUGCCAAGAAGGCCCAAAGUAAUGGACCUGAAAAGCAGGAGAAAGAAGGUGUCAUUCAGAACUUCAAGAGAACUCUCUCCAAGAAGGAAAAGAAGGAGAAAAAGAAGAGAGAGAAAGAGGCACUGAGACAGGCUUCUGACAAAGAAGAAAGGCCUUCCCAAGGAGAUGACAGUGAGAAUUCUCGGCUGGCUGCCGAAGUUUACAAAGACAUGCCUGAAACCAGCUUUACUCGAACAAUUUCUAACCCUGAGGUAGUUAUGAAACGGCGGAGGCAACAAAAACUGGAAAAGAGAAUGCAAGAGUUUCGGAGCUCAGAUGGGCGGCCAGACUCAGGUGGAACAUUGAGAAUAUAUGCAGACAGUUUAAAACCAAACAUUCCCUACAAGACAAUCCUGCUGUCAACUACAGAUCCUGCAGACUUUGCCGUAGCUGAAGCUUUAGAGAAGUAUGGUCUGGAGAAAGAAAACCCCAAGGACUACUGCAUCGCCCGGGUUAUGCUUCCUCCUGGAGCCCAGCAUUCUGAUGAAAGAGGUGCUAAGGAAAUUAUUCUUGAUGAUGAUGAGUGCCCUCUACAGAUCUUCAGGGAAUGGCCAAGUGACAAAGGGAUUUUAGUCUUUCAGUUGAAGAGGAGGCCUCCGGACUAUAUCCCAAAGAAAAUGAAGAAACACGUUGAAGGGAAGCUGCUGAAGGGGAAGGAGAGAGCUGAUGGAUCUGGCUAUGGCUCUGCUCUUCCCCCUGAGAAACUGCCCUACUUAGUAGAGUUAAGCCCAGGGAGAAGGAGUCACUUUGCCUACUACAGCUAUCACACUUAUGAAGAUGGCUCUGAUUCCAGAGACAAGCCAAAGCUGUACCGCCUUCAAUUAAGUGUGACUGAAGUUGGUACAGAAAAGUUCGACGACAACUCUAUCCAGUUGUUUGGCCCAGGAAUUCAGCCCCAUCACUGUGAUCUUACCAACAUGGAUGGAGUGGUCACUGUGACACCCAGAAGCAUGGAUGCGGAGACCUAUGUGGAUGGCCAGCGCAUCUCAGAGACCACCAUGCUGCAGAGUGGCAUGAAAGUGCAGUUUGGCAGCUCACAUGUGUUUAAGUUUGUGGAUCCCAGCCAGGACCAUGGACUUUCGAAGAGAUCUGUGGAUGGAGGCCUGAUGCUCAAAGGCCCAAGACAUAAACCUGGAACUGUUCAGGAGACCACCUUUGAUUUAGGAGGAGAUAUUCACAGUGGAACAGCAUUACCGACAAGCAGGAGCACUACUAGACUGGACAGUGACAGGGUGUCCUCUGCCUCUAGCACAGCUGAGCGAGGGAUGGUGAAGCCGAUGAUCCGACUGGACCAGGAACAGGACUACCGUCGAAGAGAGAGCAGAGCCCAGGAUGCUGCUGGGCCUGAACUGAUCCUGCCUGCGAGCAUUGAAUUCAGGGAAAGUUCCGAAGAUUCAUUUUUAUCUGCCAUUAUAAAUUAUACCAAUAGCUCUACAGUCCAUUUUAAGUUGUCACCUACAUAUGUACUAUACAUGGCAUGCCGGUAUGUAUUGUCCAGCCAGCACAGGCCCGACAUCAGUCCUACAGAGCGCACCCACAAGGCCAUUGCUGUCGUCAACAAGAUGGUGAGCAUGAUGGAAGGGGUCAUUCAGGAAGUAGACCAGGUUGACCAGAAACAAAAGAACAUUGCAGGGGCGCUUGCCUUCUGGAUGGCAAAUGCAUCUGAGCUUCUCAACUUCAUCAAGCAGGACCGAGACCUAAGUCGGAUCACAUUGGAUGCUCAGGAUGUGUUAGCGCACCUAGUUCAAAUGGCAUUUAAGUACUUGGUUCACUGUCUGCAGUCAGAACUUAAUAACUACAUGCCAGCCUUUCUGGAUGAUCCUGAGGAGAACAGUCUGCAAAGACCAAAAAUAGAUGAUGUGCUGCACACACUCACAGGAGCCAUGUCCUUGCUGCGGCGCUGCAGAGUCAAUGCUGCCCUGACCAUCCAGCUGUUCUCCCAGCUUUUCCACUUUAUCAACAUGUGGCUGUUCAACAGACUGGUGACCGACCCAGACUCAGGGCUCUGCUCCCACUACUGGGGAGCGAUUAUCCGCCAGCAGCUGGGGCAUAUUGAAGCAUGGGCAGAGAAGCAGGGGCUAGAGCUGGCAGCUGACUGUCACUUGAGUAGGAUUGUUCAGGCGACUACUCUCCUGACCAUGGACAAGUAUGUAUCUGAUGACAUUCCAAAUAUAAAUAGCACCUGCUUUAAGUUAAAUUCACUGCAGCUUCAAGCCUUAUUACAAAAUUACCACUGUGCACCCGAUGAGCCUUUUAUCCCUACGGAUCUCAUAGAAAACGUGGUGGCUGUCGCUGAAAACACUGCUGACGAGCUUGCCCGCAGCGAUGGGAGGGAUGUGCAGCUGGAGGAGGACCCUGACCUGCAGCUGCCUUUUCUUCUGCCAGAAGAUGGCUAUUCCUGUGAUGUCGUCAGAAACAUUCCAAAUGGUUUACAGGAAUUCUUAGAACCUCUGUGCCAGAGAGGAUUUUGUAGGUUAAUUCCUCACACACGGUCACCAGGUACUUGGACGAUAUAUUUUGAAGGUGCAGAUUAUGAAAGUCACCUGAUGCGUGAGAACACAGAACUGGCCCAGCCUCUGAGGAAAGAACCUGAGAUAAUCACUGUGACCCUAAAAAAACAGAACGGAAUGGGGCUCAGCAUUGUUGCAGCAAAGGGUGCUGGUCAGGAUAAACUGGGAAUCUACGUCAAGUCUGUUGUGAAAGGAGGCGCUGCAGAUGUGGAUGGACGACUAGCGGCUGGUGACCAGCUUCUCAGUGUGGAUGGACGAAGUCUGGUUGGACUUUCUCAGGAGAGGGCAGCAGAACUCAUGACAAGAACCAGUUCUGUGGUUACACUUGAAGUUGCAAAGCAAGGUGCCAUCUAUCACGGCCUGGCCACCCUCCUGAACCAGCCAUCCCCCAUGAUGCAGAGAAUUUCAGAUCGUCGUGGCUCAGGUAAACCCAGACCAAAGAGUGAAGGCUUUGAGCUCUAUAAUAAUUCAGCUCAAAAUGGGUCCCCAGAGAGUCCUCAACUGCCUUGGGCAGAGUACAGUGAGCCAAAGAAACUGCCUGGUGACGACAGGUUGAUGAAAAAUAGAGCCGACCACCGUUCCAGCCCCAAUGUGGCAAAUCAGCCGCCUAGCCCUGGAGGGAAGAACACAUAUGGCUCUGGAACAGCAGCUAAGAUAACAUCUGUUUCCACUGGGAAUCUCUGCACUGAGGAGCAGAGCCCUCCGCCUAGACCUGAAGCCUAUCCCAUCCCUACUCAGACCUACACCAGAGAGUAUUUUACCUUUCCAGCUUCUAAAUCCCAGGACCGGAUGGCUCCUCCUCAGAACCAGUGGCCAGAUUAUGAGGAAAAGACACAUAAGCACACAGAUAGUAAUCAUUCCAGUAUUGCAAUCCAGCGUGUUACCCGUUCCCAGGAAGAGCUCCGGGAAGAGGCGGCUUACCAACUUGAGCGGCAUCGCAUAGAGGCCGGCCUGGAUCCUAAGUGUGACAGCGACAUGUGGAUCAACCAGAGCUCCUCGGUGGAGUCCAGCACAUCCAGCCAGGAGCACCUGAACCAUUCCUCCAAGUCGGUCACCCCUGCGUCCACGCUGACCAAAAGUGGACCCGGCCGUUGGAAAACCCCAGCGGCUGUGCUGCCUGCUCCGGUCGCGGUCCCUCAGCCGGUUAGAACAGACCUACCUCUACCACCCCCUCCACCUCCAGUCCACUGCACCAGUGAUUUUGAUGGCAUUCCGAUGGAUUUGCCCCUCCCACCACCUUCUGCCAACCAGAUGGGACCCCAGUCAGCUCAGGUGGCUGCCGCAGAGCUGAAGAAGAGAGAGGAGCAUCAGCGGUGGUACGAGAAAGAGAAGGCCCGGCUGGAGGAGGAACGCGAGCGGAAGCGCAGGGAGCAGGAGCGGAAGUUAGGCCAGAUGCGCUCACAGUCCCUGAACCCUGCUCCCUUCUCUCCUAUGGCCACGGCGCAGGCAAAGCCAGAAAAGCCUUCCACGCUGCAAAGGCCCCAGGAAACUGUCAUUAGGGAGCUGCAGCCCCAGCAGCAGCCCCGCACGAUUGAGCGCAGAGACCUGCAGUACAUCACCGUCAGCAAAGAAGAGCUGUCCUCCGGGGACAGCCUGUCACCAGACCCCUGGAAGCGAGAUGCCAGGGAGAAGCUGGAGAAGCAGCAGCAGAUGCACAUCGUGGACAUGCUGAGCAAGGAGAUCCAUGAGCUACAGAGCAAGGCUGACCGCACAGCGGAGGAGAGUGACCGCCUGCGGAAGCUCAUGCUGGAGUGGCAGUUCCAGAAGAGACUGCAGGAGUCCAAGCAGAAGGAUGAGGAUGAUGAGGAGGAGGAAGACGAUGACGUCGACACCAUGCUGAUCAUGCAGCGCCUGGAGGCUGAGCGGAGAGCCAGGCAGACUGCUGUGCCAGCAAUCUCUGUUCUAGAUUUGUUGCAGGAUGAGGAGCGCAGGCGCCAGCAGCAGUUGGAAGAGAUGCGCCAACGGGAAGCAGAAGACCGAGCGAGACAAGAGGAAGGCCGGCGUCAGCAGGAGGAGGAGCGAGCGAAACGAGACGCUGAAGAAAAGAGGCGACAGGAAGAAGGGUAUUACAGCCGCCUGGAAGCCGAGAGGCGUAGACAGCAUGACGAGGCAGCAAGAAGGUUGCUGGAGACCGAGGAGCCCGGGCUGAGCCGACCUCCCCUGCCUCGGGACUACGAGCCCCCAUCCCCGUCCCCAGCACCCAGCGCCCCUCCUCCCCCGCCUCAGCGGAAUGCCUCCUACCUCAAAACCCAGGUCCUCUCUCCAGACUCGCUGUUCACUGCCAAGUUUGUUGCGUAUGAGGAGGAGGAGGAGGAGGAGGACUGCAGCUUAGCAGGUCAGGAUAAGUACUCCAGCACAAGGAAGUCUCAUGGGCACCUCCCUCCUGCUACUCUUAAGCCAUGGCAGCCCCUCUGCCAGCCUCGCCCGGCCUCCGAUGGCAUCUUUCUCUCCAGCUCAUUCCAGUCACACUUGACCAAAGCCAACAGUACUGCUCCCAAAGCAGGCCAGCCCCCACCCCCUCCAAAUAAACCAAGUUUCUGCGGUCCUGGCCACCGGAAAGGUAGAGGACCACACUCUCACAUGGGAUCUGCUGGAACAGCUACAGGAGCCCAUGAUGUUCCUCGGGAUCCAAGAGAGAAUCACAUUAGAAGCCAAGAUGCAGACUUACCUGGAAGCUCUGGAGCCCCUGAAAACCUGACAUUCAAAGAGCGUCAGCGCCUCUUCUCACAAGGCCAAGAUGUGUCUGACAGAGUAAAAGCUUCUCGUAAAUUAACAGAGCUUGAGAAUGAACUGAAUACCAAGUAAGAAGAGAGAGGAAGAGGGCAGCUGUGCUCCCACAGCUCUGCCCUGGGUGGUGGGGGUGGGGUGAGCCUGAAAAGGAAGGAGCGGUUGUUUCUGAGUGAUUUCUAAUUUCUGUUUCUAAAAUGGCUGUGAUCUAGAGAUGUUCCAAUUCCAAGAAAUCUUAUUCUACGAAGAAAUUAUCGUAUAAUUUAAACCCGCCUGAUUCUUAGUGGUCAGACUCACGUGAAGGUCUCAUUUUUGUUAACCUCUUUUGGGAGUCCUGUGCUCAUGGGGCAGAAGAGUGGGGGGCGGAGGGGGGAACAUGGCGUGUUUCCUCUGCCCUGUCUUCUCCCAUGAUUGUCUGAGGACAACUAGAAAGAGAUUCUAUUUCUGUUCCUCCUCAGCUUCAUUUUGGCUAUGAAACAGUGGUGACUAAGCCACCCAGACCAUGGCGUACUCUGGUGGAGCCUGUCUGCAGGAGAGGACUCCGCCUGGAGCCUCUUUCUCCCAAGUCCCCAGGGCAAAUGCCCCAUGGAACCUUCUAGAGGUGCAUGAGGUGGCUAGAUGGAGCUUUCUGUAUGCAGGAUGCACAUCUGAUAAAUGUGAGCCUCCUGACCAAUUCUGUAUCUGAUUAUAUAUCUAAUACUCAGUUUUGAAAAUUCUUGAGAAAAUUUUGAGGAUUUAAUCUUACGGGAUUUUAUUUUUAUAAAUACCAAAUUCUUAUUAUACUAAUAAAUCAUUGGUGAAAAUUGAAGACAGAAGUUAUGUUAGAAAGUUAUCUGGUUUUUCAGAUAUUCCAAAGGAUCUGUGAAAGAUAAAUGAGCUCUCAAGCUAAACAAUGUUCAUAUGACUAGGAUAACAAAUAUUUGAGAAGAAUGGGAAAUUCAGAGGUGACAGUUAAACAUAACUAUCUCAGAAAUCUUAAAUUUGGUAAAAAGGAGGAGAUUUACAUUAGAUACACUUUCAGAAAAGAAAGGAAUUCAAUUGUGUGCCAUCUGUAACUUAAAUAUUACAACAAGAGCUCAUGGCAGUUCAAGCUGUAUUUCUUCUACAGGAUAAUAGUUAUUUAAUUUUGUGAAUUAUUCAUUAGCACUCUCAUUCCUCCUGCUGUGGGUAUGUAGUUAAUGUUGGUGGGAAGCAGACCUCAGUUUGUUUAUACUAUAUGAUGUUAGAAAGGUGACUUUGAUUUCAAGUACACUUCGGACUUGACAGAGCCCUGAUGUGGGUCCAGAUGAUCUUUUUGUACCAUACCAUUCUCUUACAGACCUGUAUGUCGGGAAACUACGCACUUUCAAGUGGAAGAGCAGAGGCUUCUGCCACCCUGGAAACCACUUUUAAUAAGAAUUGUAUGAUCAUUAAAAUCGCAGUGUAAAUAUUUUUUAUGCCUAUCAGGCGUCGAAGCUCUUUGAAAGUGUGCCUUUACCGUUUCCUCUGUAAGAGAGUUGAAUGGUCCCAAGAGUUGAUGAAGGAUUUGCAUGCUUGCCUUGCCUAGGAAGUGCAAGCUCCUUGAGGUGUCUAGAGAGCACUGGCAGCCUGUGGGCGGCGUGGCCACUCCUCCCCAGAGAGAAGAUGAUGCAGGUUGCUGCUGCUCCACACGGGAAGCUGCAGGUAUCUGAACAUCUGCAUAUGGGGACGUUUGCGCGUAUGCUUGUAAAACCCAUAGUGAAGUAGACAGUGAGGUCAAAUGUGAAUCUGUCGGACACGUUUCAUAGCGUGCGUUACUAUGGGGAGAGCAUCCAAACUGCUGUAGUUUUCCAUUUCUACUGUAUUUCAGUUGCAACCUAUUUUUAAUAAACUUUGUAUCUAUUUAAGUGUA